AUGGUCCAAAGCCCGAUAUCAAAUGGUCCACAGCCCACUACUGGAUGGUCCAAAGCCCGAUAUCAAAUGGUUCACGGCCCUGUACUGGAUGGUCCAAAGCCUGAUAUCAAAUGGUCCACAGCCCUCACUGGAUGGUCCAAAGCCCGAUAUCAAAUGGUUCACGGCCCUGUACUGGAUGGUCCAAAGCCCGAUAUCAAAUGGUUCACGGCCCUGUACUGGAUGAUCCAAAGCCCGAUAUCAAAUGGUCCACGGCCCUGUACUGGAUGGUCCAAAGCCCUAUAUCAAAUGGUCCAUGGCCCUGUACUGGAUGGUCCAAAGCCCUAUAUCAAAUGGUUCACGGCCCUGUACUGGAUGAUCCAAAGCCCGAUAUCAAAUGGUCCACAGCCCUCUACUGGAUGGUCCAAAGCCCGAUAUCAAAUGGUUCACGGCCCUGUACUGGAUGGUCCAAAGCCCGAUAUCAAAUGGUCCACAGCCCUCUACUGGAUGGUCCAAAGCCCGAUAUCAAAUGGUUCACGGCCCUGUACUGGAUGGUCCAAAGCCCGAUAUCAAAUGGUUCACGGCCCUGUACUGGAUGAUCCAAAGCCCGAUAUCAAAUGGUCCACAGCCCUCUACUGGAUGGUCCAAAGCCCGAUAUCAAAUGGUUCACGGCCCUUUACUGGUUAG